CCUAUUCCACUCCUUUCCUUUUUGUUUCCUCUCUCUCCUUCGACUCCCUCCCUUCCUCCCCUUCUUAAGGGUAUACAUGCCAUGGACGCCUAAAGGAGCCUCCAUAACGGCGCCCUCCCAAUUCCGUUAACUCUCCGUUAAACAUUUACGUGGGUUUUACGACGACGUUGUGAUCUCUGCGGCUUUUGGCCAUUCUUAAUGGCCAACGCCGUCGACACGGCGGGUUCCAACGGCGACGACGGCGCAGGAGGAGGAGGAGGAGGAGGGGCGCGGCCUCCCCGUCUGCCGCGGUGGACGAGGCAGGAGAUACUGGUGCUGAUACAGGGGAAGAGGGUGGUGGAGAGCCGGGGCAGAGGGCGUGGAGCCGGGCGGGGCGGCGGCGGAAGCGGGGAGAUGGGGGCGGGGGCGUUGGUGGCGGCGGCGUCGCCGGUGGAACCCAAGUGGGCGUCGGUGUCGUCGUACUGCCGCCGGCAUGGGGUCGACCGGGGGCCGGUACAGUGCCGGAAGCGGUGGAGCAACCUCGCCGGCGACUUUAAGAAGAUAAAGGAGUGGGAGGCGAAGGGAAAGGAGUCGUUUUGGACGAUGAGGAAUGAUCUCAGGAGGGAGAGGAGGCUGCCGGGGUUCUUUGACCGGGAGGUGUACGACAUCCUCGACGGUGUAGCGGUCGCGGAAGUGGAGGCGGAGCCCGCCGCGGAGGAAGAGGAGGAGGGGAAGAAGGGGCUUGGGCGGACAGCGGCGGCGGGGGGCGAGGAGGAAGAGGCGGUCUUUGAUAGCGGGCGGACCGCAGCGGAGGAUGGACUGUUCUCGGACUUCGAGGAGGAGAAGGAGGCGGAGGACGAGGACGAGGAUACGGCGCCGCCACCACAGCCCGUGGCGGCCGUGCCGAUAUCGGAAAAGAAGUGCGAAUCAUCUCAACAUUGGAGGUCUGAUGAAGCUACGGCAAAAGAUAAACCACAAGCUGAGAACCCCGGGAAGAGCUCUCCAUCGCAAGGAGGACAGAAGAGAAGACGAACAUCACCAGAUGAAGCUGAAGACAGCGAUCUACAAAGUAGACUGAUUGAAGUCUUAGAGAGGAACAGCAGAAUGCUGACGGCCCAACUAGAAGCUCAAAACAUGAACUGCCAAUUGGACAGAGACCAGAGGAAGGACCAAGCUAAUGGCUUGCUCGCCGUUCUCGGCAAACUCGCAGACGCUCUUGGUAGAAUAGCUGACAAGUUGUAGCAAAUCUCCGUCCCAAGAUCAUCGGAGGAAACUUUGUCGAUCUUGAUGGAGGUGGGUUGAGAAUGCGUCUAGUUGGUGUCUCAGAAAAACCAGCUUGUGAAUUGGCUCCGGGAAUGUAAAGCUCUGCUCCUCUUUCUUUGGAAGUGAUAGGGUCGAUAGGGUGAUUACUUACAGAGAAAUGAGAAUUUUGGCAGCUCUGCGGUUGCUGUCUUGUGAUCGGAAACUGCUGUCGACAGGAACACAGGCUGUGUCAAAUUGAUUUCUUCAAGUUCUUGUAUAAACUUAGUGGAAGUUGAAAUUGUAGCGAGAUGACAGAUAAAACAGUUAGAGCAGUUUAUUAUUUCGGCAAUCAAUGAUUUCUCCUAUAUUUUGGGUAUUAA